GUGACCGCCGCCGCCGCGGCGCCGAGAAAGGCGCACCCAUGGCGAGCUCGCCGGCGGCGGCCACGCCACGACCAGAGAGCACAAACACGCCAUCCCAUUCCCCUGCUCCUCCUCUCCAAGGAAACCCCUCCCUAACUGCCGACGCUCCACCGGAGCCAUCCCCACCCGACCACGCCACCCCGAUCUCGCCGCGGCCCCCAGGGGAGGGCACCGAGGAGCGGCCCGAGGCGGACGCGCCGCUUCCUUCUACAGCGCCUGCGAUCGGUGGGACCCCCGGUGCGGCGGACUCGCCUCCUUCGUUCUCCUCGCUGGAGGUGGCUACGUCGGCGGCGUCACCGGCGCUCGUAGCUGCGGCAGCGGGGUGGCCCAGUUCCCCUCCGCUGCUUCCUCCCGCUGAGGCGGCCGAGUUCUACCCCGAGGCGCCGUCGUCCCCUUCUUCCUCUUACGAAACCGCGGACGAUGCUUCGCCGGCGUCGCCCCCGCCCACUCCUCCACCCCUGGUCUUAUGCGCCUCGCCAGAUUCAUCCUUCACCGAUCCUGCGGAAAUGGCGUCCCCUGCGUGUGAUCCGAUGGGCGCGGACGAGGGCUCGCACGCCGCACCCGAACCUCCGACGCCGCCACUGGAGAGCGGACCGGAGGAGUUUCAGCAGAAGCAGCAGCCGCAUCCACCCCGUGCAAUUCAUCCGGAGUGUGUUAGUUCUGAGCAUGCAGAGCUGCCGUCGCUUCCUCCCACUAGUCCGGCUGAAAUCACGCCCACCUUGCCAGAUGUUACUGAUAUCGAUGCAGUCGCAGGGACGCCGGAAAAAGCUUCUGGUUCAACGGCUGAAAUGGAGGUAAUGGAUGGAACCGAGAUCGAUGCAUUAGCAGGGACGCCAGAAGAAACUCCUGGUUCAAUGUCUGCAAUGGAGGCAAUGGAUGCAACCGAGAUGGAUGCAGUAGCAGGGAAGCCAGAAGAUGCUCCUGGUUCAACGGCCGAGAUGGAUGCAGUAGCAGGGAAGCCAGAAGAAGCUCCUGGUUCAACGGCCGAGAUGGAUGCAGUAGCAGGGAAGCCAGAAGAAGCUCCUGGUUCAACGGCUGCAAUGGAGGCAACCGAGAUGGAUGCAGUAGCAGGGAAGCCAGAAGAAGCUCCUGGUUCAACGGCUGCAAUGGAGGCAAUGGAUGCAACCGAGAUCGAUGCAGUAUCAGGGAAGCCAGAAGAAUCUCCUGGUUCAACGGUUGCAAUGGAGGUAAUGGAUGCUACCGUGAUCGAUGCAGUAGCAGGGAUGCCAGAAGAAGCUCCUGGUUCAACGGCUGCCAUGGAGGUAACGGAUGUAACCAAGAUCGAUGCAGUAGCAGGGACGCCAGAAGAAGCUCCUGGUCCGACGGUUGCAAUGGAGGUAACAUACGGGGAGACUGGUUCCGCAGCAGUUAGUGUAUCACUGGUAUUGGACAGUGGCGAAGAGGUGUCAUUGCAAAAAUCAAUGCAGAAACCAUCUUCUCCCACAGUGAACACUGAGCCAGAGUCAAUGGAGAGACCAUGUCCUCCCACAAUGAACACCGAGCCAUGUUCACCAGAGAUGGUGUCUCUGGGAUUUCAGCUACAACAGCCGCAUUCACCUGCUACCGCUCACCCUGAGUACGAUGGUUCGGAGCAUGUGGAGCUGCCGCUUCGUCCCACUAGUCUGGCUAAAACCGCGCACACCUUGGCAGAUGCAGCUGACAUCGAUGUAGUACCAGGGACAACAGAAGAAGCUCUUGGUUCAACGGCUGCAAUGGAGGUAACAGAUUCAGCCAAGAUUGAUGUAUUAACAGGGAUACCAGAAGAAGCUCCUAGUUCAACACUUGCAAUGGAGGUAAUGUAUGGGGAGACUGAUAUCGUAGCAGUCAGUGUGUCUCCAUUAUUGGAGAAUGGGGAAGAGGGGUCAUUGCAAGUGUCAAUGCAGAGACCAUCUUCUCCCGCAAUGAAGCCAGAGUCAAUGGAGAGACCAUGUCCUCCCACAGUGGACACUAAGCCAUGUUCACCAGAGAUGGCGCCUCUGGGAUUUCAGAUGCCGCAGCAGCAACAACAACAUCCACCCGCAACAGCUCCCUCAGAGUGUGAUAGUUCGGAGCAUGCAGAGCUGCCACUUCCUCCCACUAGUCUGGCUGAAAUCACACACACCUUGCCAAAUGCAGCUGACAUCAAUGCAGUAGCAGGGACACCAGAAGAUCUUGGUUCAAUGACCACAAUGGAGGUAAUGCAUGCAGCCAAGAUUGAUGUAGUAGCAGGGAUGCCAGAAGAAGCUCCUAAUUCAACACUUGCAAUGGAGGUAAUCUACAGGGAGACUGAUACCGCAGCAAUCAGUGUGUCUCCAGUAUUGGACAGUGGUAAAGAGGGGUCACUGCAAGAAUCAAUGGAGAAGCCAUCUUAUCCCAUGAUGGACCCUGAGCCAGAGUCGAUACAGAGAUCAUCUUCUCCCACAGUGGACACUGAGCCAUCUCUGCCAGAGAUGGCGCCUCCGGGAUUUCAGCAGCAACAACAACAGUCGCAUCUGCCCUCAACAACUCCCCCGGAGUGUGAUAGUUUGGAGCAUGCAGAGCUGCCACUUCCCCCCACUAGUCCAGCUGAAAUCACGCAUACCUUGCGAGAUGCAGCUGAGAUUGAUGUAAUAGCAGGGACACCAGAAGAAGCUCCAAAUUCAGCGCUUGCAGUGAUGGUAACGUACAGGAAGACUGAUACCUCUGAAAUCAGUGUGCCUCCGGUGGUGGAGAAUGCGGAAGAAGGGCCAUUGCAAGAGUCAAUGCAGAGACCAUCUUCUCCCACAAUGGUCACUAAGCCAUGUUCGCCAGACAUGGCACCUCCAGGAUUUGAGAACUGUAAAGCAUCAUGGUUGCCAGUGCCCCCUCCUACUCCACCAGGGCAAUCAAUGCCCUCCUUGCCAGUUGCAGCUGCCCCCAAGGGUUUAGUGGUGAUGCCAGAGGAAGUGGUUGAGUCAGUGCCUUCAUUGGAAGCUCUGGAUGCCGAAAAACCUUCCUCCAUCAUGCAGGCUGAGCCCAGCUCACCUGAUAUGCCACCACCAGGAUUUGAGAAUUUUAAGUCAUCAUGGUUACCACUACCCACAACUCCACCAGUUUCAACCACUGAGGUCUUGCCUGAUGUGGUAGUCACCAAGGCAGUGGAAGCACCUAUUGAGGAAGCGUUUGGGCCAUUGCCAGCAUUGGAGCUGAUGAACAUGGACACAGACACUGCCCACAAUAUGUUCCCAACAGAAGGAUCUGAGGGGCUACUGCAAAAGCCACUUUUGAAACUCCCUUCUCCAGUUGCACAAUCUGAACCAUAUUCACAAGAUGAGAUGGCACCUCCAGGGUUUGAGAAUUUUAAGUCAUCAUCUGAACCAUGUUCUGUAGAGGAGAUAGCACGUCCAGUUUUUGAUAAUUUCAAGUCAUCAUCUGAACCAUGUUCACCAGUGGAGAUGGCACCUCCAGGGUUUGAGAAUUUCAAGUCGUCAUGGCCACCACAUCCCUCUCUGCCCCAGACUGCUUAUAUGUCACCAGAUGCAGCCACCAGAGAUGCUUUGGCAGCAACAGUGGAAGAAGUGACUGGGCCACCACCUGCAUUGGAGGCAAUGGAUGUGGACGUAGGUGCCAUACAUCCACCACCGCCACCAUUUGACAGUGGACUGGAGUCAUUGCAAGAGCCACUGCCAAGAGUACCUUCUCCCAUAAUGCAAGAAACUUCCUGUUCACCAGAUAGGGCACCACCAGGGUUUGAAACAUAUAAGUCAUCACAGCUACUGCUACCGUCUCCAUCUUUGGCACAGACUACAAAUGACCAACAAGAUCAGCUGGUAACUAAACCUAUUUCUGUGAUAGAGGAAGCCCCUCAGCCACUGCACUCAGUGGAGUUAAUGGGUGCAAAUAUGGAUACAGCACCUCCAUCGCUACUAUCAUCUGAAAGUGGACCAGAUGGGCCAUUCCCACAGCAAUUCCCCUGCCUGCCUUCUCCUGCAGAAAAGGGUACAACCACCUGUUUGCCAGAUAUGGUGCAUUCAGGGUCUGAUGAUUUAGAGUCCUCACAGCUUCUGCCACCACCUGUUGUCAUUUCUACAAUUCAGACCCCAGAUGGCUUGGCUGAUGCUCCUGCCGUUGACAGGGUUGCAGUAGCAUCGGAAGAAUCACCUCAACGACCGCUUGUAUCAAGAGGAAUGGAAGAUGGCACAGUGCCCAUUCAGUCAUCACCUCUGGAGAAUGCUUCUGAGGGGUCAUUGCCACAAGUAGAGUCACAGGUGCAUUCUCCUACAGCACAGGCUGUGGAUAGCUUACUAGAUGCACCUGGCUCGAAGUCUGUGGCUGUGGCUUCAGAGAUGUCUCAGCCACCGCAGGCAGCUAAUACAGACUUUGUAAGUACAACUGCAAUGCAACCACAAUCCAAGGGUAUAGUGGAUGAGUCAUUGCAGCUACCUCAGCAUCCGGCCUCUUCUACCGCACAUGCUGCACCCUGUUUACAGGACUCUGUUCUAUUGGUGCCACCACCACCAUCUCCUUUUCUAAAUAAAGAAAUAGGUCAAAUGGUAUGUGGAAGCUGCCGUGUUCUUCUUGCUUAUUUUAGAGGUGCUGAUCAUGUUCACUGUACUUGUUGUCAGACAAUGAACCUUGUAUUGGAAGCACAUGAAGUUGGUAAUGUGCAUUGUGGACAUUGUGAGACAUUGUUGAUGUAUCCUUUUGGAGCGCCUUCUGUUAAGUGUUCGCUGUGCCUCUUUGUCACUGAAAUUGGAGAGCGAAAUGUUCGACCUCGGUUAUCAAUCGAGCAAGCUGUGCCGCCUCACCCAUCAGAGGUUCAGAAAUCAGAACUAACUCACAAGACCUGAUCAGUUUUAGUCAUAUAGAUACCCGUCGGAUUCCAAGUGUCCAAGAGGCUUCAAAGCCUACCUGUGCACAUGAAAGUUCAAGAUGGUGAUGUGGAGUUGUGGACAGAAUCCAAAGUGUACAAAGAUAGCGUUUUUUUUUUUCCAGUGCUGUAUACAGACCAGGAAAGGUGACAUCGUUAGUUCGACUAGAUCUCCUUUAAAAAGGAAAAGAAACAAAAAAUAGUUCGAUUCAGUCCGGAGCUCAUAUGCUUAUGGCAUAUGAAUGAUAAAUUGAGAAUAGAGUAGUUUCAGCUGGUUCUUUCGCUGCGGCCAUGAUGUUGCCCCUGACGUGUCGAGGCUUGAGAAUUAGCCUAACUGCUAAUCAUGCUUUUGCCCAUCAUUGCUUUAGAAAGUUCUGCAGUUAGCUGUUCAGGCUUUGCUUCAGAGAAUGGUCUGUGGUACAUUUGUCCCGGGGGAAGAAUUGAUCUGCAAAGCGAAAGCCUCUGAAACAAGCUCAUGGAAUUUGGCUACUGAAAUUUCGGCUUCAGUUGAGAGCUAACGAAGGUUCUCUGUUUGCAACAUUCUGAUACAGUAUAUUUUUCUCUCUUUCAUUCCGGCAGAGUUUAGAUCGUAAAUGGACCA